UGUCAAAAUCCCCAAAAGAAGGUCUAGGGUAUUUUUUUUUUUUUUUUAACUUAUUGUUUUAAUUUAAUUUAUCGAUUUGGCUGAUCAAUACAGUCUAGUGUUGCUCUGCAAUGAGCCUUGAAGAAGACCAUAAAGAAGCAGUCUUUCGGUAUAUUGUAUUUUCACCGCAACACUUCUAAUUUCAGAUUCAAGCUUCCUAGUUUCGCUUACUUCCGCUCUUCCAUCCAGAAGAAAAUUACUCUUACAGAUAGCUUUUUGUUGGAAGCUGCUCCAAUUGGUACGUUUAUUUGGAACUGGCAUUUUUGUCAGAUUGCACAUAUUGUGGUUUGAUUCUGCUUUUUAUUGCAGCAGUCAUUUUCCUUAUAUGUCUGCAUGACUCUAGAUAGAACUUGGACAAUUCUUUGUUGCCACUUUGUUGUGUCACCUUGCAUGUCCGUCAAGCAUCAUAAUUAUCACCAUAUGUUAUUCUAUUAUCUAUGACUCAUUUCUUGAUUCUUAUAUGCUAUUUCUUUUUCAUACUUUAUAACGGGGGUAAAAUACACCUACUGGAAUGAAGAUGGUUAAUGGCUUAAACUUGCCUAAAUUUUUUUUGGAUGGCAGUCAUAUUCAGGAAAUUGGUUUCUUGAUUUUCUGUGCCACCUUCAUGAACCUUAUAGUUAUCAUUCAAAAUCCGUCUGUCUAUGAGUUUUUGUUAUGUUAUCAUUAUCCCUUUAUAGAAACUCUUUCAAAUUGCAACCCCUUUGAGUCUUAUCUCAUGAAUUGGGUUCAAUUGAGAUUCAUGCUUUUCAACUCCUUUUGGCCUUUCAUUUUGUUUCCUCCUUUCGCUAUGUGUAUACUUCUUCCCAUGAAUUCUUCUGGCCUCUGUGCCUUCUCCACAGUUGCCUUGCAAGUUUAUUUUAUUAUAUACAUAAGAUGCCAAGGGCAAAGACAAAUGUUGCAUCGGCUGCUAAGCCAGCUGAACCUGAAAAGCCAAGCGAACCAGAAAAUCCAGUUGAAUCUGAUGAGAAGGUCGAUCUUGAUGGAGACAAUGAUCCUGAGGAGACAAUGGAUGAAGAGGUUGAGUAUGAAGAGGUAGAGGAAGAAGUGGAAGUAGAAGAAAUAGAAGAAGAGGUGGAAGAGGAAGUGGAAGAGGUAGAGGAGGAAGAAGAGGAAGAAGAAGAGGUUGAGGAUGAAGAAGUAGAGGACGAAGAUCCUAAUAAUUCCCAUGGAGCAGAUUUCAAGAAAAACCGUAGUGCUGAUGAGGCGAAGGUUGAAGAUGAGGAUGAGAGAAAGAAACAUUCUGAACUUCUUGCCCUUCCUCCACACGGUUCUGAAGUUUACAUUGGCAGCAUUCCACAUGAUGCAUCUGAGGAGGAAUUAAAAGGUUUCUGUGAGUCAAUAGGUGAAGUUACAGAGGUUCGACUCAUGAAAGGCAAAGACUCGAGUGAGAACAAGGGCUUUGCAUUUGUUACUUUUAGAAAUGUAGAAAUGGCUUCGAAAGCCAUCAGUGAGUUGAACAAUGCUGAAUUUAAGGGUAGAAAAAUAAAAUGUUCAACAUCUCAGGCAAAGCACCGUUUGUUCAUCGGUAAUGUCCCAAGGAGCUGGGGAGAGGAAGAUCUAAAGAAGGUUGUGACAGAUGUAGGGCCUGGAGUUACAGGCGUGGAAUUGGUCAAGGACAUGAAGAAUACAAACAAUAACAGAGGCUUUGCUUUUAUUGACUACUAUAACCAUGCGUGUGCUGAAUAUUCAAGACAGAAAAUGAUGAACCCCAAGUUUAAGUUAGCUGAUAAUGCUCCAACUGUGAGCUGGGCUGACCCUAAAAAUGCCGAGUCUUCUGCAGCUUCUCAGGCAUACGUCUCACUUAUUGGGAAGCCAUGGGGCCUUCUACACCUGAUGUCGAAUGUCGAUACCAAGGGGUUUGAUGCAAUUGCCUUACAGGUGAAGGCUGUAUAUGUGAAGAAUUUGCCAAAAAGUGUAACUCAAGACCAGUUAAAGAAGCAAUUUGAACAUCAUGGAAAAAUCACAAAGGUGGUUCUGCCGCCUGCAAAGUUUGGACAGGAAAAGAGUAGAAUUGGUUUUGUACAUUUUGCAGAGAGGUCAAGUGCGAUGAAAGCACUAAAAAACACCGAAAAAUAUGAACUUGAUGGUCAAGUAUUGGAGUGUUCUCUUGCGAAGCCACAGGCAGAUCAGAAGUCUGCUGGAUCCAACUCUCAGAAGUCAGGACUGCUUCCCAAUUAUCCUCCUCGAGUUGGUUAUGGUCUGGUUGGCGGUGCCUAUGGUGCUAUAGGUGCAGGAUAUAGCGCGGCAGGUUUUGCACAGCCCGUGAUCUAUGGACGUGGACCAACUCCUGCUGGCAUGGCAAUGAUGCCGAUGCUUUUGCCUGAUGGACGGAUAGGAUAUGUUCUGCAACAACCAGGGAUGCAACCUCAGCCUCAGCCUCAACCUCAACCACCUCCUUUGCAUCAGAGAAGCAGCGGCAACAGGGGUAGCGGUGGAAGUGGUAGCAGGGGUGGAGGAUCAAAGGGAAAGCAUAAUCACGAAAGUGGACAUGGCCGCAGGUAUCGCCCGUACUAAGUGGAAAGCAUUAUAGUACAGUGUCAUUCAACUUAUUUGAACUGAGUAAUAGGAUUAUUGUACUUGUUUAGCUACACUGAUAAAUAUGAUACCAGUCUGUUUGUAGUUCAGACCAUUGGUCUUUUAUUUAUUUAUUUGGCUUUGGAAAUAGGCGUUUGCUUC